GCUGAGGAGGAGAUGGAGCGGAGCGUCAUCCACCUGACCCAUUGUCAGAAGGAGAUCUUCUGCUUCUCUGUUCCUGAGGUGUGUCCGAGCUGUGGGGAGGAACUGAAGGGCCGCAGGCUGCAGGAAGCACCGGUGAGCCUGCCCUCCCCCUUUACAGAUGGACAUAAGACCUCCUGCUGCCUGCUGGUCGCUCCUGCACACAACAACCUGGACAGAGACUUCAGUGGGACCUCAGAUCUGCACACUGGCAUCUCCAACACUAAAGGUGUGGUGUAUAACUACACACAGGAUGGUGUGAGGCGAGAUCAGAGCGGAUGGGCCCUCUGUGUCAGCGUCCCCCUGGUACGGCCCGACAUGUUCCACCUGCUGGCUCAGUGGGAUCAAUAUCUAGAGCGAUUUUCUGAGGGACCAACAUGGGACCCUGUAUGGCACAAGUUCCAUGAGGAUGAGCACAACUGCUUCAGCUUCUGUCUUCAGUUUUUGAACAGUGUCCUGGAGCUGGAGGGUCAGAGCAUUCUGACCCGAGAAGAGUUCACCCAAAGCUUCAUCCUGCCGAGGAUGAGGAGGGUGUCCAAGUACACAACACUAAUCCAGCACCUCCAGAAACACCAAUACUACAUGGUGGACAGACAGGAGGAGUCAACGCCCAACAGUUAAACCAAUGCCACCUUUCCUUUAACCAGCUUCU